GUCAAGUGAAACUACCGAGAGGUGGUGUUGACCGACCGCUGCAGGUUUUCAGCAAGAAACCUGAGAAAAUCGGACUUUCCAAGGCAACUGACAGCCACGCUAAGACGUUAACUUUUAACGGAAGGGUCAGCGGGGCCGGAGUUAAGGCGACGCUGCGGAGGGAAGAAAGUAAAUCCUGGAGGGAAAGCGCCCGAAGUGAGCUUGAGGAUCAAAGCUAAUGCUAAGUUAGCAACCCGCUGCUACAUAAUUAUACGAAAACUCGUGUCGUUUUAUCAGCCGCUCGCUUUGACAUAACCUCUGCGGCUGCCAAGUAGAUAGUCGGCGAUAAUUCUGUUAAGUUAUAUGUCGCAUUUGACUUAAAUUGAGGGCCGUAUUGCUUUUACAAUUUAGGCCCCAAGCGACUGAUAAUCACUCGGCAAGAUUAGCUACAUUAGCCGGUCUUGUUGCUGUUACACCGGCUCUGCGCUCCUCAGGACAGGUGAUACCGUUUAAGAUAGUCGGCUCCUAUAUCGACUUUACAUCGGGCGGGAUCAGUGUUUAUAAGUUAGCUUCCACGCGAUACUGUCUGAGCGUUGUGCUUUGCAAUGCUGAAACAACAGCAGCAACCCGGCUCAGGCGGGAGGAAAGCAUCUAACGGAACCUCGGGCCCCGCCGGUAUGUCUUCCCCAGUCAGCGGCACCAACAGCGGCAACAGGGCACCGGCCGGGAGGAAUCGAACCUCUGCAAAGCCAUCAUUCCAGUCAUCUCCGGUUUUCGAGGGUGUCUACAACAAUGCCAGAAUGCUUCAUUUCCUCACAGCUGUUGUGGGUUCCACCUGUGACAUAAAAGUGAAGAAUGGCAGUGUAUUUGAAGGCAUAUUCAAGACACUAAGUUCUCGGUGUGAGUUGGCUGUUGAUGCUGUACACAAAUGCGGCGAGGAGGCGGGACCGACGUCAGCUCUGCCGCGAAGGGAGGAAAUCACAGACACUAUGAUUUUCAGCCCCUCGGACCUGGUGACCAUGAUCUGCAGAGAUGUUGACCUCAACUUUGCCACCAGAGACACCUUCACAGACACAGCCAUCACCUCCACCCGCGUCAAUGGAGAACACAAGGAGAAGGUCUUGCAGAGAUGGGAGGGAGGAGACAGCAAUGGAGAGAGUUACGAUCUGGAGAACGAUGCAUCCAAUGGCUGGGAUGCCAACGAGAUGUUCCGUUACAAUGAAGUAAAAUAUGGAGUCACAUCAACAUAUGAUUCCAGCCUCUCCAUGUAUACCGUUCCACUAGAAAGAGGCAACUCCGACAUGUUUCGGCAGAGGGAGGCACGCGCAGCUCGCUUGGCCAGUGAGAUUGAAUCAAGCCCCCAGUAUCGCCAUCGUGUCAACCUGGAAAAUGAUGAGGGCAAAAGCGAGGAAGACAAGUACAGCGCUGUGGUGCGGGACGGCGGUGAUCGGGAAAGGGGCCGUGAAAGUCCCCGUGACAGAGACCGCGAAAGGGGACGGGACAGCCCUGGAGCCAGCAACAGGGAGGGCAAAUACAUUCCAUUACCUCAGCGUCAGAGAGAGAUGAACCGGGAGCGAGAGCGAGCCGAGAGAGGUCCUGGUGGGCCUCCACCCCAUAACCGUCUUAGCGGAGGUUACCGCUCCACCCCUCCAUCCUCCUCUUCCCCCAGACCCCCACUGCCCUCUGCUGCAGGGCCACAACCUGGCGUCUCGCCCUCAGAAAGGAACAGCCCUCGAGGCGGCGCCUUCGUCCCCCACCACCCCCAGGGAAGCCCCAGCCCAGGGCCGAGCUCUGCCCCUGCGAGCCCGUACACGCCCGCCUCUCCUGGUGGACCAGCAUCCACGCCAGCUUCUGCUUCCACUGCCCCUUCCCCUGGCAGCCCCCCUGCCCCACACGGACACACAGUCCCUCACUCCCACUCACUCCCACACUCGCUUUCUGAUGCUGGCAGGCCUGUUAAUGGGGUCUCUACUAGAACUUCCCCCAAAGCCCAAAGACCUCCACAGUCGAGCAGGACAGCCCGUAAUCCAAACUCACACACUCAGUCCACAGCCGCUCGCUCUCCUAAAUCGGGCUCUUCCCAGGACACGCCUUAUUUAGACACAUCUUCUGUCUCCCUACCUCCCCAGAAGACGUCUGGCCCCGCCCCCCUCUUCCCUGUAGAUGUGAAUGAGAUUCUUGGUGCAGCUGCAAAAGAACGUUCAGCGGAGAGUCCCAGCAGCACAGAGGAAGGCAAGGGUAGUAAAGUUCCCUCGGUGCAGCAAAGGUCGCAGAUUGAGGCGCUGCGGAAAUUUGGCAAGGAAUUCAGGCUCCAGCCAAGUGGAGGCAGCUCGACCUCUCCUAGCUCUCCAGCAACAGCCACCCCUCCUGCAGUCGGUGAGGUCUCCCAGCCCAGCACCGCCAAACCCUCGCCCUCAGAGGCACACCCUGCUUCAGACCCCAAACCUCAGCCUCCAGCUCCCGGUCCCUCUCAGCCCCAACCUCAGCCUUCGCCUGCUCCUGCCGAGGACUCCACCAAGGACACCACAACCACACCUGGUCCCACAACAGCUGCCAACACAGCGCUCGUCUCAGACAGGCAGUCGCCAGCCGCCCCUCAGCCGGCCAGGACCCCGGGAAGUGAGGAGGUCAGGUCUGAGACAACGGAGGGUGUACCAGACCAAGUCAAGAAAUCAACCUUAAACCCCAACGCUAAAGAGUUCAACCCUAUCAAACCUCAGAUGCCUAUGACGAAGCCCAACACUGCGCCCACUCCGCCUCGGCCAACUCCUCCAAGCCCAGUGGUCCUCCAGCACCCGGGUGGACAGGGACCCCUCUACACCACCCCCUACCUCUCUUACGUGUCGCAGAUCCACUCCGUGCAGCCACCACCAAUAUACCAGUACACCAUGUCAACGGUCAACCAGGGAAAAUACCCCAGGACCAAAGUUUUUUCUUUUCCUUCACCAGGCUCAGUGGUGGCUCAGCGCUCUGACCAUGGUAAUUCAGCACCCCCCAUGCUGCAAGCUGCAGCCUCAGCAGCCGGGGCCCCGCUGGUAGCGUCCCCCUACCCCCAGUCCUACCUUCAGUACAACCCACAGCAGUACGGCCAGCAGCAGGUCAUCCAGACCAUGUCACCCUACACUGGACAGCCUAUGUACUCCAUGCUGCAGGGUGGAGCCAGGAUGAUAAGUCAAGGUGGGGGUCCUCAUCCACAAGCCCUGGGACCCCCAGGAGGCCCCCAGUUCCCUUCACAGGGAGACGGACCUCAGGGACCACAACAGGGCAUCUAUGCUCCACAGUCUUUCUCCCACCACUCGGGCGCUGUGCAUCAGCCUCAGCCCUCCAGUACCCCAACAGGCAACCAGCCCCCUCCCCAACACACUGCACCCAGCCCUGGACAGAAUGCCCAGUCGGCCCAACAGCCACAGUCCUUGUACCACUCAGGUCCUCUGUCAGCACCCACCCCGCCCAACAUGCCACCAGGCCACACGUCUCCACAGGGCUCCUACCCCAUUCAGGGCUACAGCAUCCACAGCCACCAGGGCAUCCCGCCCUCAUACCCCCUGGGACAGUUAACACAGGCCCACGUACAAGGAGCCAUGUCAGGUCCCCACCACUCGGGGAGCCAUGGUCAGCCCCAGUUAGUGAUGUUGCAGCCGCCCCCUCAGCAGGGCCCUGGCUCAGUGCCUCAGCACCAACACGGACCUCAGCAAGGAGCACACCAGCACUUCUACAUAGGACAUCCACAAGCAAUGCAGGUACAAACGCACCCUGCUUCCUUCCAUCAACCUGGAAACUAAACCCCUAAAGACUCCCCAGCCGCUUCCCGCCAUCCUUCCCAAACUGCUCCCUAUAACAUCCCUACUUCUUGCUGGAUGUGAGGCCCAGACUGAACAAGACUCAUAAUCAAAACAAACUGACAGGAUCGCACGGAGGAGGAGAGAAGAGGACUAAAGUCUCACAGCACCUUAUUCUUCUGCUGUAAUGUUCUUCAUCAGUACAAACCUCGGUGUCCCCGGAAAAGGAGGACCUUUUUAAUAAUGCUUAAGAUGGAGGUGGCAGACGACGACGGCAGCAGCGCUGACCCCUGCUGUCGUCCUGUUCUUCUAUCCCACUUCUUCCCCUUUCUACCAUGGCGGCGCCUCGCGGGGUGGGCCAGUCAGAAAGUAAAAAUCAUGAUGAUAAAUGACAGCAAACACUUCUAGCGAUGAGUUUUUAGCCGUGUGGGGUUUUGUAAGUACCAUAACACCAAACGCAGACUGUCGCAGGAUUCUCAAGAAUACAGCAUGAAAGGAGGGAUUUGAAGAGGAGAGGGGAUUUUUAGCAAAUCACUUUUUUCUUCUUUUUUUAAAAACUUGACCUAGUAGUAAACCCACCCCCUUACCCUUCUUCUCUCCUGUAGGAAUAUAUAAUUAAUUAAAAAAAAUGGACAAGUUGGACAAAAAAAAUAUUAAAACAACAAUGACCAAAAAAUAAAGUUUUCAACUCAACUACAAA